UCUCCCUCUCUCUCUCUCUCUCUCUCUCACACACACACACACACACACACGCACGCACGCACGCACACACACAACCAGCUUGCCCAUCUGAACUUGGGGACUUAGAAAUUCCGAAAUGACCGUGGUCUAUGGGAAGACUCGGAACUCGGCACGCUGGCCAAUCCAACCGGCGUCUUCCUAAGCUUCCCAGGGAGGGAUUUUGUUGGUGUCUGAAAGAGAAAAGAACAAGUUCUUUUUUUAAAAAAAACCAUUUUGAUUCUUUUUUUUUUUUAAAUGCCAUGGAUAUAACUGAAUAAGCCGUCUCAGGGAUUUGGACUUGACGGAGGCAGAGUCCAUCUGCCUGCAAAUUCUCCUCUGCGUUCUGGGGAAGCUGGAGGAUUUUUCCCUGAGUCGGUCUUUGGCGAGGAAGGAUGCUCAGCAGAGCUGAGAGCCUGGCGAAGACUGUUCCCCCCACCCAGGGAUAAAUGGUGCCUCUCGGAGACUGCCCUUCUGAGUUGAGGCCUGCAUGAUGUAGCCCAAAGAGCAACAGACUAGGAUUCAGAAGACCUGGGUUCCAAUCCCAGCUCUACCACUGAAUUGCCAUGUGAACUUGGGUACAAUACUACACAGGAAGGAGAGGUGGAAGAGUCACACCAUGAUUGCGGCAGUCUUUGCCCUGGGGCUAUCUCUCCCUGGCUUUGUCCAGCAAUAACAACCUUCUUUCUCUGGGCACCAAGGCCCAAGUGACCAGACCAUGGAGACCCUGCUCAGCAGCCUCCUGGCAUUUGGCAUGGCGUUUGCUGUUGUGGAUGCCUGCCCCAAGUACUGCGUCUGCCAGAAUCUCUCUGAAUCCCUAGGGACACUGUGUCCCUCCAAGGGGCUUCUCUUUGUGCCACCAGACAUUGACCGCCGGACGGUGGAGUUGCGCCUGGGUGGCAACUUCAUUAUCCACAUAAGCCGCCAGGACUUUGCCAACAUGACGGGGCUGGUGGACCUGACGCUGUCCAGGAACACCAUCAGCUACAUCCAGCCCUUCUCCUUCUUGGACCUGGAGAGCCUCCGGUCGCUGCACUUAGAUAGUAACCGUUUGCCAAGCAUCGGUGAGGAUACCCUCCGUGGCCUAGUCAACCUUCAGCACCUCAUUGUCAACAAUAACCAGCUGGAUAACAUUGCCGAUGACGCCUUUGAGGACUUCCUGCUGACCCUAGAGGAUCUGGAUCUCUCCUACAACAAUCUCCGUGGGCUGCCCUGGGACUCUGUCCGGCGCAUGGUCAACCUUCAUCAGCUCAGUCUGGACCAUAACCUCCUGGACCACAUUGCUGAGGGCACCUUUGCUGACCUCCAGAAGCUAGCCCGCCUGGACCUCACCUCCAACCGACUGCAGAAGCUGCCUCCAGACCCCAUCUUUGCCCGCUCCCAGUCAUCCAGUCUGACUGCCACACCCUUCACCCCACCCUUGUCUCUCAGUUUUGGGGGGAACCCACUGCACUGCAACUGUGAGCUGUUAUGGCUGAGACGUCUAGAUAGGGAUGAUGAUCUGGAGACAUGUGGCUCUCCAGCCAGCUUGAAGGGCCGAUACUUCUGGCAUGUGCGUGAAGAGGAGUUUAUGUGUGAACCCCCUCUCAUCACCCAGCAUACCCACAAACUGCUGGUGCUAGAAGGCCAAGCUGCCACACUCAAAUGCAAGGCCAUUGGAGACCCCAGUCCUCUAAUCCACUGGGUGGCCCCAGAUGACCGCCUCAUUGGGAACACAUCUCGAACUGCUGCCUAUGACAAUGGCACCCUGGACAUCCUCAUUACCACCUCACAAGAUUAUGGUGCCUUCACUUGUAUCGCUGCCAAUGCAGCUGGUGAGGCCACAGCCACUGUGGAGGUAUCCAUUGUCCAGCUGCCUCACCUAAGCAAUGGAACCAGCCGUACCACGUCCCCCAAAUCUCGCCUCUCCGACAUCACCGGUUCCAGCAAGGCUGGCCGAGGGGGAGGAACUGGAGGUAGUGGUGGAGGAGCAGGGGGUGGGGAGGCCUCCAAAGGGCCCCCAGAGAGAGCUGUGCUUGUGUCUGAUGUGACUACUACUUCAGCUCUGGUCAAGUGGUCAGUGAGUAAAUCGGCUCCCCGGGUGAAGAUGUAUCAGCUACAGUACAAUUGCUCAGAUGAUGAGGUAUUAAUCUACAGGAUGAUCCCAGCUUCCAACAAGGCCUUCGUGGUGAACAAUCUGGUGUCGGGGACCGGCUAUGACCUGUGUGUGUUGGCGAUGUGGGACGACACGGCCACCACACUCACAGCUACCAACAUCGUGGGCUGUGCCCAGUUCUCCACCAAGGCUGACUAUCCGCAGUGCCAGUCCAUGCACAGUCAGAUACUGGGAGGCACAAUGAUCCUGGUCGUCGGGGGCAUCAUCGUGGCCACGCUGCUGGUCUUCAUCGUCAUCCUCAUGGUGCGCUACAAGGUCUGCAAUCACCAGGGCCCUGGGAAGAUGAAUGCUGCGGCUGUCAGCAAUGUCUACUCCCAGACCAACGGGGCGCAGCCGCCACCACCGCCACCACCAUCUAACGCGGUGCAAAACGGGGCGCCACCGCAAGUGCACCCCAAGGCGUCCAUGAGGAACGAGCACUUUGGAAGCGGCAGCGGGGCGUCUGGGGCAGGGGGGGCUGGGGCCAGAGGCGGCGGCGGCGGCUUGGGGCGCAGCAGCGGCUCCUCGUCGUCCUCCAGCUCCUUGGGCAGCACGGACGGGGCGGGUGGCCGGGGCCCCUGGAGGCUCCCUCCGCCCAGCGCCCGCCCCAAGCCCAACCUCGACCGCCUCAUGGGGGCCUUCGCCUCGCUGGACCUCAAGUGCCAGAGGAAGGAGGAGCCUCUAGACUCCAGGACUCCGGCCGGGGCCGGGGCUAUGGGACGUCACUCGGACCGCGAGCCACUGCUGGGGCCCCCGGCGGCACGGGCCCGGAGCCUCCUGCCGCUGCCGCUGGAGUGCAAGGCGCGCCGCAGCCACUCCUUCGACAUGGGGGACUUCGCGGCGGCGGGGACGGCAUCUGGGGCGUCUGGGGGGGCCGCGGCACAGGGAGGCUACAGCCCGCCGCGGAGAGUGACGAACAUCUGGACCAGGCGCAGCCUCUCGGUCAAUGGCAUGCUCCUGCAGUUUGAGGACAGUGACCUCGCGGGGCCCAGGGGCACUUAUGGCAGCUCCGAGUGGGUGAUGGAGAGCACGGUGUAGAUGGCGGUGGCGUCCAGAAAGCGCCCCGCACCCCCUUCUACCUCCCUCUCCCGCCCCUUCCUCUCCCUUCUGUCAAUUCCGAACCCCCUCCCCCAGCUCCCACCCUACUCCGCCCGUCGGUGGGAUGGAUGCUGGCAACAAGGUGGAAGAAAUCAUUUCUUUUUUAUAUAUAUAUCAAGUCUACACUCGAUUAUCUGCGUGCACUUUGUGGGUUAUCCGAGGGCGGCGUUUACAUAUGGGACCACCAUCCAGUGUCCUAUCCUCUCCCUAUCCCAUCCUCCUCACCACCACUUCCAUCUCAAGUUCAGGUCCCCUUUCCCCACCUUUCAGCCGGUGCCCUCAGGGAAUGCACUGAAAUUUGGCCCAAGCCCAGUAAAAGCUCUCUAAUCACAAAUGCCAAGGAUAGGAGGCUUUGGGAUGAACUGUUUGUGGAGGAGCUUUUUUUUUUUUUUUUUUGGUGAAGACACAGCCAUACAGAUAAUGGAGAGAUCACCACGUAUUAGAAAUUUUAUGCCCAUGGGGCUAAGCCAGUGAGGGCCAAAGCAAAACCAUGAUGGGAGGAUGACUGGAAGUCCUUCUCUGUUUCUAGGGGAAGGCUCUUGAAUUUCCUAACACCCAAAUAGUCACAUUAACUUCUCCUUCCUCCCACUGGGAGCCGAAUGGAUUCCUGCUCCCUAACCCCAGUAACUUUUCCCACGCAUCUCACUCUCCAGUAUCAUAUCAAGUUAAACCCAGCCUGACACUGAGUUUAAGUGGGGCAUUUUUUUUUAGGGAAUGGAGGGGAGAUGAGAGUUCUAUCUGGGGCUGAGAAUUUUUUUUUUAUCUUUUUCCAUUAGGUGGAGCAGAGAGAGCUCCCCAGAACAAGAGGUAGAGUCCUCAGGACAGCUACAUGGAUUCCAGCUAAAUAAUCUGAGAGUGAUUGGAGAGGGGGUAUUGAGAUAAAUGACCAUGUAUGAAGGGGCAUAAAGGAGUUUGGGGAGAAAUCUGAGCCUUUUUAGAAUCACAGAACUAUCCUGGAAGGGACCUUAUAAAUCAUCCAAGAGAUAAUCUAUCAGGCAAGGAAAUGGAGUCACAAUUAAAGAUCACAUAGACAAUUAGGAGAAAA